AUGAAUAUCGAAGUUGAAGCUAAGAAUACAAAAUUAAAACAAGACAAAAAAGAAGUUGAAGCUAGAUUCGUGAAUCCAGAGCAGAGAGAUAGAGAAAAAACUGACUUUAUUGCUAAAUUGAAACAUGAUGUCUCUCUAAUCAAGGAACAAAACUUGCAAAACAAGAGUAAUGGGUAUACUUCUGAACAGAUAAUUCUCUCGCAAAAAGAAAGUGAUGUCAAUAUACCUGACCCUGUUAUAAACCA